AUGAUAGCUUCGAACUAUAUAUCUAUACCGUUGAGACUUACUUGGGAGUACAAGAUCAAGACAAAUUUGACUAUAGUUAUCGCGGUUCUUCAAACUGUACUUGGUACCCUGGCGAUCUGCGUAAUUUUGAUUAGCUACUGCAUCAAACAGAAGUCCUUGGUGCAGAUCGCCAAUCGAUUAAUCACUAUCGAACACGAGAUAGAUCGUCUGUAUGAUCUAUAUCAUCCGCUACGACGACAGCGUACUUUCUGCACUAUGAUCAUCAUUUGCAUUUUGAAGAUUUGCCUGCUGAUGCUUCUUCUGUUCAAUGAUAACCUAGCCUUGGGUUCGACCUUAGUCUCAUGGCUGACAGACAUUGUGCCGACAUUUUACGUGGGUUGGCUACUGAUACAGUACUUCCUGUUGGUGAUGGUCAUUCAGACAGAUUUCGUUGAUGUGAAUCGAGCGAUACAAAACCUCACCAGAAUCAAUACACCUGAUCGACUGCAGUCUCUCUAUCAAACGCGUCGUAUGAUAGUCAACAAUUCGACCGUUCAUCAACUAUUGCAACUGCGAGAUGUGCAUUGUCGUCUCUGUGAAAUUUCUAAAGAUAUGUCGAAUUUCUAUUCACUACCAGUACUAUUCGGAAUCGUUUUUCUCUUUCUGACACUCAUAUAUAAUGGUUACUUUCUUUUCUGGAUUCUGUUGAUAACUGAUGAUAUCAUAGAAUAUGAGACUCUUAGUAAUACCAUCAUCUGGAUAAUAUUUCUGAUUUAUCCCAUCUUUCUUCUCACCAAUAAAAUUACCAAAAUUUUAAUCGAGGUAGAAUAA